CUGAACUCCAUGGCUGGCCUGUGUCUGAGGGGUCGUCGCACCUUGGGCUAAGACAACCACUCUCUCCCUUUGCAGGGGAAUUUAGGAUCAUCCAGAACUCAGCUCUCACUUUGGACACGCUGCUGCCACCUACCAGGUGGCCACCACAGCUGGCAGGUGAUGGUGGAUUUUCCAGUCACCCUGGACUCCUUGUACCGGGCACCUCUGCCCAGCAGUCUCUUCUUCCUCACCCACCUCCUCCUCCUCUUUCCACCUGGGAAGCUGGAUUCAGACCCAAAGGAAGUCAAGGUUGUGGGCCCUGGGGAAUCCAUCCUGGCUCAUGUAGGAGAAGAAGUGGAAUUCCUAUGCCAUCUGUUCCCAACCCUGGACGCUGAGCACAUGGAGAUCCUCUGGUUCCACAGCCAGGCCUCGAACGUGGUCCACCUGUACCACGAGCAGCAGGAACUCUCCCACCGGCAGAUGGCAGAGUUCCAGAACAGAACGAAACUCAUCAAGGAUGAGAUCAGAGAAGGCAGCGUGGUCCUGCAGCUCCACCACGUUGUCCCCUCUGAUGAGGGAUCCUACGGAUGCCGCUUCCUUUCCGCCGACUUCACUGAGGAAGCUCUCUGGGAGUUGGAGGUCGCAGGGCUGGGCUCGGCUCCUCACAUCUCCCUUGAGGGCUUCAAGGAGGGCGGCAUCCAUCUGAGGUGCCACUCCAAUGGCUGGUACCCUAAGCCCCAGGUUCAAUGGCGGGACCAUCAAGGACGGUGCUUGCCUCCGGAGUCUGAAACCAUCACCCAGGAUGCCCAGGGUCUGUUCAGUCUGGAAACAUCCAUGGUCCUCCAAGAGGGAAGCCUCUACAACGUGUCCUGCUCCAUCCAGAACCCCCUCCUGGUCCAGAAGAAAGAGUGUAUAAUCCAGAUAGCAGAUGUUUUUUUACCCAGGACCUCCCCAUGGAGGGGUGCUUUCUUUGGGACGCUACCAACACUGUCACUGCUACUGGUUCUUCUGGCGUGGUACUUCUUUCAGAAGCAACAGAGAACGCACGAGACACUAAAGAAACAAGCCGAAAUGGAAAAAGGAAAUCUCACAGCCGAGCUGGGGAAGCUUCAGACAGAGCUUGACUGGCGAAGGACCGAAGGCCAGGCUGAAUGGAGAGCUGCCCAAACAUAUGCAGGUAACUGAGUGAGAAGCUAUGACUCAACAGUGCUUUGUCCAGGAGCCAAUAGCCUGGGCCUGCCCUCUCAGACACAUAGGCACCUUUGCAGCCUUGUGCACCCACGUAACAUGACACGCACCGCUGCAUGUGUACAUGAGCACACCUACACAGGUGCACAUAUGCUUCACAGCCGUGUUCCCACACAAAGAGCCCUCUUGGGUUUAUGCCGCUGGUUUCUAUCUGGCAGGAAGAGAGCAUCUUGGGCUUGCUUGCAGGAGAGAAUUCACCAUCUCUAACCUGGUGCCCUCUUUAUCGGGCAGCAGGGACGACUGGUUUCAUUAAACAGGGGCGUGCUGGGGCACAGGUGUUGCAGGGCAGGAUACUGAAAGAAACUAUUUCGGAGGUCUCCUUCGGUUUGAUAAAAAAAACCCAAAACACUGAGCCCCAGAGCCCAUUGAGGAUCUCAAGGCCACACAGGCAGGUGGGAGGACCACAUCCGGGACUAGCAUCAGCCUCGAAAUCUUUCCACUUGGCCCUGCCUGCCUCCAUCCUCACAAACCGACCUCAUUGAUCUCUACCUUCCCAGCAACC